AAAAUGGGAAAGGAAGAAGAUGAAUUAAAUGAACUUUGGUCUGUAUUGAAAGACGAAGUUAAGGAUAAAAGACAAAAAAUCCAGAAUGAAUACAGUCAAAGAAAUGUUUCUGAGUUCCCAGAUACAUUGUCUAUAACGACAGCCUUUGAUGAAAUCUUGCUGUGUUUCUCAUUAGGGGGCCAAUUCAAAAAUUACUAUAGAUAUGGAUCGUACAGUUUAUGUACACAGCAACGAGAAAAGUUCUGGUUUGCUAUACAGAAUGGUUCCUUCACUGAUCUGAAACAAAAUGAAGGUGAUCUCGAAAAGAGAAAAAACAUCCAGGAAUUCUUUAAGAAGAGACUUCUUGAACAAAAGGCCAUGGGAAGCUCUGAAGAUGUGUGGGAUGCUAGAACACAACUCUUGGAUAGGCCGUUCCAAGAGUUUGACCGUAGAAAUUAG